UAAUGAUGAUGAAUCAAAGCAGCUUGUUGUACCCAUUCAUGUGCCAGAAAAAUUGCAAUUGUGUGACUGUAUCCUAGCAGGAGAGAGUUCUACCACAGAACAUAAUUAAUCGUGGGCCUCACUGACAAACCGAGAUCCACUCCUACAUGAUGACGAGUUAUUAACGGACUGUCCCAGGGCAAGUCCCGUUAAGCAUGCAAACAGCUCACAGUGCAAGAAGGCCAUGGCUACACUGUGCUUACUGGCUCCAUUGCUUCUGACCAAUCAGUUGCUGGUUUCCACCACUCCCUCGACCAGCAGUACCGCAGAAGCUCAAGCCAAGUGGGGUGAUAAGGGAAAUGGAGACCAAGAUGGAAAGGAAAAUUUAGCCCAUGAAACAGAAGUUCUGACAAAAAGAUACUUGGCUGACAUUUCUUCCACCAUCCACACCCCUGUAUCUGAGGACGACAACAUUGCCAAAGUCACAGUUAACAUUUUCUUUGCAUAUCAGAGUGGGAAUAUCAACGAUCAUGCUGUUGGUUUGAAAGUAGCACAUUACCAUGGAUGUAGAAAUGGGAUCUGCACUGUUAGUGUACCUCGAAUUGAACUUGCUCUGUUAGUCCUUACUCUGUUUGCUAGUUUUAUUGGAAGAGCUAGAGAAGGUGCAGCAAUUGCUUUGCUGAUUGCAUGGAUUGUUGAGUAUUGGAUAUACAUGCUUGUGUUCUUCAUACUUUGCUGGAUAUCUAUAAUUAUUAACUUUCUCCCC